UCUCGCACCAACACCACAGACCACCACCGCAGCACGCAGCACGCACCACGCGCCCUCCCGCCCCGUGAUCGCCGCCGUCUCGCCGCUGCGCCGACCCCUCCACCGGCAUUCGAUUCGGAGCCCAGCCCGUCCGGCGGCGCGGAGCCAUGGGCACGGUUGUGGAUGCUCCCGCAGCUGUGACUGAGAAGGAGGUGGUUGCUGAGAACAUGUUGGGUGACAAGAAAGUCACAGUAGUAUUUGUUCUUGGUGGUCCUGGAAGUGGAAAGGGCACACAGUGUGCCAACAUUGUGGAACACUUUGGAUUCACCCAUCUUAGUGCUGGAGAUCUUUUGCGCGCGGAGAUUAAAUCUGGCUCUGAGAAUGGAACUAUGAUUGAGAACAUGAUAAAGGAGGGAAAGAUUGUUCCAUCGGAGGUGACUAUAAAGCUCUUGCAGCAAGCCAUGAUAAAGAAUGAGAAUGAUAAGUUCCUCAUCGACGGGUUUCCAAGGAAUGAAGAGAAUCGUGCUGCGUUCGAGAAUGUUACAAAAAUUUCGCCUGCAUUUGUGCUAUUCUUUAAUUGUUCCGAGGAAGAGAUGGAAAGACGUCUUUUGGGACGCAAUGAGGGUAGAGUUGAUGACAACAUUGAGACUAUCAGGAAGAGAUUCAAAGUUUUUGUUGAAUCCAGUUUGCCUGUGAUUGAGUACUAUGACGCAAAAGACAAGGUUAAAAAGAUCGAUGCUGCAAAACCAAUUCCUGAGGUGUUUGAAGAUGUCAAAGCCAUUUUUGCCCCAUUUGCCAAGGCUGCAUAGAACAGUAUAAAGGACCACAAAGGUGAUAAAUGGAAUGAUCUCAUACAAGGUUUUGCUCAAGUGUGACUACAUAUAUGUGAUUACAAACCCUUAAUAUAGAUCAGACUUAUCAGUAGACAAUUUGAUUUGUUGCCAGCAAUAAAUUAGAUCUGGUUUGGGGUGUUCCUGCUAGAAGUUUUUAUUUACCACCCAUUGUUGGUGUAUCCCAUGUAGUGUACCUGUACCAUUGUGUAAUUUACUGCAAGGACGAAUCAGACCUUGUGCCCAUGAGCUAUGCGGCUGCAUUACAGAAAAUUGAAUUUAUCACAUGUUCACUCA